AUGGCAAUGAGUGAUGUGAAGUUUCUUGGGACAAGGCCAAGCCCAUUUGCGAAUCGGGUUCAAAUAGCUCUCAACAUAAAGUCUGUCAAAUAUGAGUUCAUUGAAGAGAACCUUGGUUCCAAGAGAUCUGGUAUAUAUCCAUCACCGAGGGAGCUUUCGAUUGCACAAGAAGAGGAGGCAAAGGCCGCAGAACAAGUUGUUGCAGGAUUGGUGGUGCUGGAGGAGGUAUUUGUCAAGUGCAGCAAAGAAAAUGCUUUCUUUGGUGGGGAUAGUUUUGGGUACCUUGACAUAUGGCUGAGGAUAUAA